AUGGCCGGCACCGCCGCCGCCGCCGCCGACGCCGACGCCACAGCCACGGUCUGCUCCAUGUGCGGCGACGUCGGCUUCCCCGAGAAGCUCUUCCGCUGCGCGCGCUGCCGCCACCGCUUCCAGCACUCGUACUGCACCAACUACUACGGCGACAGCGCACCCGCCUCGGCCGGCUCCGACAUGUGCGACUGGUGCCUCAGCGGCGUGGCCGGGAAGCAGGCGAGGUGGUCGUCCUCGUCUCCGGCCGGGAAGCAGCACGCCGCCACCGGGAGCCAGGAGUCGUCGUCAACCACCACGAGCUCCGGUGGCAGGGGCGCCGGCAAGGCCAGCGGCGGCGACCAGGCCGAGCUGGCUGGGCGGCGAGCGACGACCAGGGCGGCCGGCCGCAGGUACAAGCUGCUCAAGGACGUCUUGUGUGAGUAG